AUGGCGAAUCCAUCUGCUGCUGCGGCCGGCGGUGCUACGGGCCUUCCAACCGGUGGUACAACUGGUCUUCCUGUCGGUAGUUCAACGAGUCAUCCCGUCGGUGGCGUUGCUACCAUGCCGGCUACGUUUUCGUUUGAGCCAUUCAACCCUGCUACAUUGAAAUUCGACCGAUGGUUGGAGAGGCUGGAAAUUUCUUUUCGGAUUUACCAUGUUCAGGCAACCGACAGACGCGAUUACCUACUCCACUACAUGGGCGGUGCCACAUACGACGUACUUUGUAAUAAGCUGAAAAGGGCCGCACCACACACCAAAACCUACGGCGAAAUCGUAACACUUCUGAAGGAUCAUUUCAGCCCGGAUCCUCUAGAAAUUCUGGAAAAUUUCAAGUUCGCCAGUCGCAAGCAACUAGAUCACGAGUCUUUGAGUGACUAUUUGAUGGAUUUGGAGAAGCUCGCUCAAACGUGCAACUUCGAAGAUCAUCUGGACAAAGCCCUGAGGAACCAAUUCGUCUUUGGCAUCCGGAAUCGUGUGAUACAGUUGCGGUUACUGGAAGUUCGCAACUUAACCCUGGCGAAGGCGAAAGAAAUUGCGUUUGGCAUGGAAAUGUCUCAUCGUGGAACCGACGAGAUGCAUGGAUCCCGAUCAAAGAACGAGGUGCAGCACAUAGAACAUGGAUCCAAGAAAGCGAGAAAGAAGAAUGCGUUCCAGCCGGCUAGUCAAAUUAGUUCGAAUAGAAGUUCCAUCCAGACCGGCAAACGAGACGGACAGAAGAAGCACUGUUACCGCUGCGGAGAUGCUGAACAUUUCGCGGACAAAUGCAAGCACAAGGCCACUGUCUGCAACCACUGCAAGAAGAAGGGGCAUCUGGAGAAGGUGUGCCAGUCUAAGCUCAAGGAGAAGAGGGGCACCGAUGGCGCACACCACUUGGAAGAACCUUGCGUUAUUAAGGACGUAUUCCAUCUACAUGCGGUUCGAGGUCUUGCUGGUAAGUUUCUUUUGGAUUUGACGAUCAAUCACAAAGAGUUAACAUUCGAAGUUGACACCGGCUCUCCUGUAUCCCUUAUUAAUGUACGAGACAAACGACAAUACUUUUACGACUUGGAAAUCCUUCCUACAACUACACGGCUAGUAAGCUACUGCGAUAAUGAUAUCGGUGUACUCGGUAAGAUUAUGGUUAAAGUUGUUGCAAAUGGUGAGGAGCUUACGUUGCCCCUGCACAUUGCGGAAUCCAGCAGGCACCCCUUGCUGGGCCGCGAUUGGUUGCUCGCAUUGAAGUUGGAUUUCAAUCGCGUUUUUAGACCCGGUACACAUUCGGUUUCCUAUUGUGGCGACAAUGAUCAAUCCACCGCCACUGCGUUAAAUGAUUUGCUCAAAAAAUUUUCAUAUGUUUUCGAAGGACGUGUAGGUAAAAUUGAGGGGAUUCAAGCUUCGCUGACGGUUCGAAAAGAUUCAAGGCCAGUUUACGUGAAGGCCAGAGCAGUACCGUUUGCAGUGCGCGACGCAGUCGAUAAGGAGAUCGACGCGUUUGUCAGUGAGGGCAUCUGGGAAAGGGUGAAGCAUGCGGAGUGGGCCACUCCUGUCGUUCCAGUAAAAAAGUCUGGGGGUAGAGUACGGUUGUGCGGAGAUUAUAAAAUCACUUUGAACCCGCAUCUGCUUGUCGAUGACCAUCCGUUUCCCACUGCUGAAGAACUGUUUGCUACCGUUGCAGGAGGAGAGACGUUCUCUAAGUUAGUCUUGUCUCAGGCUUAUUUGCAACUGAAGGUUCGCCCAGAGGACAGGGAUUUGCUGACGUUGAGCACUCAUAGAGGCCUGUUCUGUCCUACGAGGCUCAUGUACGGUGUCGCUUCCGCCCCAGCUAUUUUUCAGCGGUUAAUGGAGGAAAUACUUCAGGGUAUCCUUGGGGUUACCGUCUUCAUCGACGACAUUCGCGUUACCGGUCCUGAUAAUCAAACGCACUUGCGUAGACUAGAAGAAGUAUUCAGAAGGCUAAGUAAAUACAAUCUACGCGUUAAUAGGGAGAAGUGCGAAUUUUUCUCGAAUCGUAUCGAUUAUUGCGGUUACAUGGUAGAUAAAGCUGGGAUACACAAGCUUCGCUAUAAGAUCGACGCCAUUCAGAACAUGCCGGUUCCUAAAACAAGGAUCAAGUUCGAUCCUUCGUAG